AAAUUCGCCUUUGCCACACAACCUUCCAAGCGGCAAAUUCAGCGAACGACAAGACGACCAACACAAACCUGCCAUCAUGGCGCGUUAUUGGUGCCACAAGUGUGCGCGACACUUUGAAGCCUCGACAUCACCAGAGAGCACGCGAUGCCCGUCAUGCCAGGAUAAUAUCGUGGAACUGGUGGCUUCCGCGCCGCAGGCGUCAACAGCGCGCGCACAACGCACAGCACGCGCGUCGCGCACGGCGCGCGCGUCAGGAACGCAAGCCACGGCACCGCCGCAGCGCAGCUCCAGCAGCGCGCGUGCCAGUCCCACGAGCCGCUCUUCCCACAGUUUGUCGUGGACGCUGUCGUCCUCUUCUGCACCGACAUCGGCAACGACUUCGCCAUCUUCAGCGCCUCCUUUGCCUGCAUCGGUUCUUACCAAUCUGGCCCAGCAACAACAUCGGCGGGCGCAAGAGCGUGCCAGUCUUGGUCGACAACAACCACACCAACAGCAACCACAACAACAACAACAACAACAACAACAACAACAACAACAACGCCAGCCACAACAACAGCAGCAGCAACCACAACAACCAGCGCCGUUUUUCCUGCAAUCUAUGAUGCCGCCGGGUCAUGGCGGGCCUCACAUGCACCCUCAACAUCCUCUUCGCCAUCACCACCACCACCAUCAUCAUCAUGCCAGGCGCCCCAUUCACACACUGCGCUCGGGUGAACCCGAGGUUGCCUCGCACGACCACGUUCACCACCCUCAUCCACCACCCGCAUUCACUGUCGACCUGCUGACGUCACUGUUGCCAGCCUUCUCGUUUGCAUUUGACGGGAGUGUCGGUCCAGCACAACCCGCAUACAACCCGCAAGACCUCUUUGACCGCCUUGUCGACCACACCUUGACCUCCACCGAUGAAGAGAUUGGCGAGGCGUGUGCCGUGUGCUUGCAGCAGUUUGAGGAGAACCAGCACGUGCGCCGACUGCCCUGCCGCCACGUGUUCCAUGUGGAAUGCAUUGAUGAGUGGCUGCAGUCGGUGCCCACCUGCCCAACCUGCCGCUCAAACAUCACCGAUGAGCUCGACAGACUCGAGGUCCAACCCCCCGUCGUCUGAACACCCUACAAAUGCGUGUGUGUUUGUUUGCACGUGUGUGUGUGUGUGUGUGUGUGUGUGUGUG